AGUCGGUGGGGCUGAGCCUUUCCCGGGGGAACAUGCACUGAAAGAGGAGCUUCACCAGACCACGGCUGCUGGCGCCGUUUGCCUGGACCCUGAUGGACUCCGAGGCAGGACUGCAUUACCAUGGUGAUGAUCUUAACCAAAACUCGGGAAAACAAAGGUGCUGACUCUGUAACAUGCAGGACUGAGCUGCACACUCCAAAGAUGAGUCAAGGACCUACCCUCUUCUCUUGUGGCGUGAUGGAAAAUGACAGAUGGAGAGAUCUCAGCAGGAAAUGUCCACUUCAGCUCGAGCAGCCGGGCGCCAGCAUCUGGGACUGCUUGUCGGACAAGGGCAAGGAGGGCUCGCGCUGGCCGAGGGAGACGGCCAGCACCUGCUCCGUCACCAACCUGAUCAAAGACCUCAGCCUCAGCGACCCCCACGGCAACCCCUCAGCCCCCCCCAGCAAGCGCCAGUGUCGCUCGCUCUCAUUUUCGGAUGAAAUGUCGAGCUGCGGGACCUUGUGGAGACCCUUAGGCUCGAAGGUUUGGACCCCGGUCGAGAAACGGCGGUGUUACAGCGGGGGGAGCGUGCAACGCUACUCCAAUGGCUUUGCCACCAUGCAGAGGAGCUCAAGCUUCAGCCUGCCCUCGCGGUCCAACCCACUCUCCUGUGAGCAUCCUGCCCUCAGCAGCCGGCUGGGAUGCCAGCUAAGGAAAUCGGCUACUGGUGGGCACGGAGGAGACCGGGUGGACAUGCAGAGGUCUCUCUCCUGCUCACACGACCGCUUCUCCUCCUCGGAGUACUGCUCACCCUCAGCAAGCAGCACGCCUGCCUCCACGCCGGAGCUGGAGCGACGGGCUGGUGGGCUCUCCCGAAGCCGUUCACAGCCCUGUGUCCUGAACGACAAAAAGGUCGGGGUCAAGCGACGGAGACCAGAGGAGGUUCAGGAGCAACGGCCCUCACUGGACCUCGCCAAGAUGACCCAGACCCGCCAGACUUUCAACAGCCUUACCUGCCUUAGUGCCGCGGCCGAGGACGGCUCCCAGCGGCUCCCCGGCCCCCAGCCAUGGACCGUGACCCCCCGCUCCCCAGAUGUGAUGCCGGGCAGGACCCCCGCCUGCACCCCAGUGCCAGAGCCGCCGCGCUCACGGGCCGAUGAGCGCCGGGCCAGCAGGGACGACCUCUCCUGCGAGGAGGAGGAGGAGGGUGGCGGGAAGGAGGAGGAUGGGGUGGUGUGGCGGAGCGGCGGGACAGGCGCUGAGAGCCUCUUCCAGCUGGAUGGCGAGAUAGAUAUUGAGCAGAUAGAAAACAACUGAGGAGGGAGUGGGUCCUCUCGCCCCAGGGUCGGGGGGCUGCCAGCAGAGCCGUGGAGGGCUCCCCACUGCCAGCGUGGGGUUUGCGGGGGUCCUGCCACUGCCCCCCUCCUGCCAGCUGGAGGGGACGAAGCAGCUUUGCCAAAAUUUCAUCAGGUAUUUAGAGCAAUUUUUGUGCGUGCGUGUGUAAAUCUUGAAAUUCUUUGUAACUACUGUAGCCAGAGAUCAGCUAGUCGGAGGAAACUGCCUGUCCGACUGGGGAAACCAGGCGCAGGGAUCGCCAAAAACUUGCAUUUAGCGAGUAAAUGGCUUAUGCCAACAUAGGGUUGGAGUUGAUGGGGCCAGCCACGCUCCUCUGAGUCCCACCCGUGCUUGUUUAUUAGGGGAUGCACAAAGAGAAACCACCACCCAUGGGACUGGAAAAAGUGGGGGAAAACCAGAAUAUUGAGAUUUUCAAACCGAGUGCUGGCUGGUGGCUGCAGGGGCGGCUGUGGCUCCUUUUCUCCUGCCGCAUCCCAUUUGGCGCCAGCACCCCCUUUGCUCCCCACGUCCCUGGCAGUGCCGUGAGAAGGAAAUCACAAGUGAAGUGUUCUGCUUAAAUUUAAUAAUGGUAAGAGCUGGAUUUUUACUUUUUCUUUUUUUAAUUUUCCUUUUCCUGAUGAGGAAUUAAAGGGACCCCCAGCCCACACAGCUCCAACGCGGGGCAGCAUCUGCAGCAGCGCUCAGAAGGUGCUGCCCGAGGAUGCUCAAAUGCCUUUCUUCCUUAUUUUUUUUCUUCCCAGUCCCCUCUCUCAAACUCAUCAGGAAAAAGCCCCAAACAGUCUUGGCGUCGCCCUCGCUCAGGUUCCCAACACCCAAUUUUGAGCGGGGCUGGGCCAUUUACCCAUUUACC